GUUCUCUUUAACGGUUGACAACAACAGUUGACAAUUUCAAAAGUUGUUAGAAAUAUUUACAAAUGUUUUACUCAAAAAUGCUUAUAAACUGUGUUUAGAAAGCGUGUUAUUGAAAACUUGAUGAAUAAAUUGGUAAAGAUGGUUAAGUGCGAUAAGAAGCUGGCGACGCCACGUCGCAGACUCUCCGCUAGAAAUACAGGCACCAUAUCCAAAGUUGUAAAAGUUUUAACGCAGCCUAUAGCCAGUACUGCGCCCUGUAUCCAAAGGGCCACGAAUAUGACAGUGGUUGUAAGGGUACGGCCCCCUAAUUCCAAAGAACGCGACCAGAAUUCUCGGACUGUUGUAAAAGUAGUAGGCGAUCAACUGCUUAUCUUCGAUCCAAAGGAAGAGGAACAGCCGUUUUUUUAUCACGGCGUCAAACAGAAAGAUUUCCUGAAGAGAGGCAACAAAGAAUUGAAGUUUAUGUUUGACAGAGUUUGUGGAAAUUCAUCAACAAACUCAGAAGUUUAUACAUACAGUACAAAAUCUUUAGUCGAUACUUUAAUGAAUGGAUAUAAUUGUUCGGUAUUUGCUUAUGGGGCUACAGGAGCUGGAAAGACAUAUACCAUGAUCGGCACAGAAGAAUUCCCUGGCAUCACAUUUCUGACGAUGAAAGACUUAUUUAGUAGAAAAGAGGAGCUGAGUUCGGAGAGGGAGUUUGAAUUGAUGUUAACUUACGUAGAAAUUUACAAUGAGGUAGUUAAGGAUUUACUGUGUCCUGGUGGACAACCGUUAUAUCUCAGGGAGGACUCUAAAUAUGGUGUGAUAAUAUCGGGAGUGAAGGUACACAAAAUCGCCAACCCUAACGACUUGUUCUUACUGUUGGAGCAAGGUAACAAAAGAAGAACGCAACAUCUGACCGACGCAAACGCGGAAAGUUCGAGGUCGCACGCCGUGUUUCAAGUGUAUAUUCAUAUGACGUCAAAAACUACCAGAGAGGUUUCGACGGCUAAAUUGAGCAUGAUAGACUUGGCAGGCAGCGAAAGGGGUUCCGCUACUGGAUACGUCGGACCCAGAUUUAAAGAGGGCGCUAACAUCAACCGCUCACUUUUAGCCCUCGGCAACUGUAUAAAUAGUUUGAUCAACGGAAAGAACCACAUACCAUACAGAGAUUCAAAAUUGACAAGACUACUUAAAGACAGCUUGGGAGGUAACUGUCACACCGUUAUGAUAGCGAAUGUCUCGCCAUCGUCUCUGUCAUAUGAAGAAACAUACAACACUUUGAAGUACGCUAAUAGGGCGAAAAGUAUCAAAUCGAACGUGAAAAAGAACAUAGUCAACACCGACCUGCACAUCGAACAAUACAUCAAGCUGGUCAGCGACCUCCAAACGGAGAACGCCACCCUCAAAGCGGAAGUAGACCGGUUAAGACACGACAACCAGCCAGUUCAGUCUGACAGUGGGUCACAAGUGAACGCGUUGACCAGUGAGAACGCCAUGUUAACCAAUGAGAACGCGGCGUUGGCCAACGAGAACGCGACAUUGAAGAGGGAAAUCGAGAUCCUCAACAUGACCAUCAACGCGCUGAAGAUCGAGAAAGGUGAAGGUGACGGAUUGUGCGCUGUCAAAAUCGGACAGGAGUCCAAGGAGGUGUCCAUGGAGGUGUGCAAGAGUCCGGUGAAACCAUCCAUUUCCGUGGAGUUUACGGAACUGGUAGUGGAACAGAAAGAAGCUAUGAAACGGAUUUUCGAGCUGGAACAAUCGAUUUUACUGUUGAAAGGACAGUUGGAUGAAGACCUAAAUCGGAAAACCGUUAAUAUCAUCAAAAAUCAUGAGACCAGGAAGAAACUGUUGGAGAAAUUUGACAAAGACGAGAAGGAGGUGCAAAAGCAAAUACAGGAGUUGCGCAUUGCCAGGACCCGGGCCGAAAAUAAGCUCUGGAACUUGCUGAUGGCCUCUCCAGAACUGAGUCGGGAAUAUGAGAGAUUUGUAUCGGACAAGGAACGAAUGGAGUUCCAAUAUAAGAGCGAACUGACCCAGAUAGAGAACCAUAUGCUGCUGAAAAAGCUUUCCAGUUUCCAGACAACGAAUAAAAAACACCGAGCGGACAGCGCGGUCACGCCGGGAACGUCACUAUCAGGAAAAUCGCAAACUAAACCCAAGAGGAUCCUGCAAGAUUCCAAGAACUCGGGAGUGAAUUCCACGUUCGUCAUGGACAAGGACGCCGCCAAGACACAGACCAAGACUAAGACGCGUCAGAUCGCUGUCAAAGGCUAUAAGACGCGAGUUUCGAAGAGGUUUGGACCGAUAUCCACGGCAGGCGGCAAAGAGAACAACCAUCAGGUUAGGAAAUUUGAAGCUAAAAAGCCCGUUAAGAGGAAUUGGAUAUAAAAAAAGAAAUGCCUAAUGAUUCCUGAUGAUAUCACAAGUUACAAGUACAAUUAUUGUUCGAUCGAUUCUCUACAAUGACUUUAUUUUAUUAUUUAUUUAGUUUAUUACGUGUUUUAUAUAUUUUUAAUUUUUACUAUGAUAUUUUGCAAUAACAAGUAAGAUACAAAUCGCCUUGCUAAAAUAAUAACCUCAUAACUAUUCGCCUGAUUUUUGCUAAAAGAAAAUUUUAUUUUGAUGUACAUAUAUAUUUUUAGAGGAAGAUUAUAUUAGAGUUUAAUAAUUUAAGAGAGAGUUUUUAGUAUGCAUAAAUUGUGUUUUUUUGUACCAAGUAUAUUUUGUAAUAAAAGAGAUAGAUAUAAUAUCACACAA